UGUCUUAGAGGUACUAUGCAAAUCUUCGUGCAAACCCUCGCUGGCAAAAAAUUCAACAUUGAGGUUGAUUCAUCAGACACCAUUGAAAUUGUCAUGGAUAAAAUAUGUGAAAAAGAAGGCAUUACACCAUACAAACAACGUCUGAUAUUUUGUGGCACAAAUCUUAAAGCUGGUCGCAGAUUGUCAGAUUACAACAUUAAGAAAAACGAAACCAUUUAUCUUAUGCUUCGUCUUCAUGGUACUAUGCAAAUCUUCGUGCAAACCCUUGCUGGAAAAAAAUUCAACAUUGAGGUUGAUCCAUCAGACACCACUGAAAUUGUCAUGGACAAAAUAUGUGAAAAAGAAGGCAUUACACCAAACAAACAACGUCUGAUAUUUUGUGGCACCAAUCUUAAAGCUGGUCGCAGAUUGUCAGAUUACAACAUUAAGAAAAACGAAACCAUUUAUCUUAUGCUUCGAUACAGGGCAGGUACUAUGCAAAUCUUCGUGCAAACCCUUGCUGGAAAAAAAUUCAACAUUGAGGUUGAUCCAUCAGACACCACUGAAAUUGUCAUGGACAAAAUAUGUGAAAAAGAAGGCAUUACACCAAACAAACAACGUCUGAUAUUUUGUGGCACCAAUCUUAAAGCUGGUCGCAGAUUGUCAGAUUACAACAUUAAGAAAAACGAAACCAUUUAUCUUAUGCUUCGUCUGGGACAUAACUAA